AUGUCGUCCCGGCCCGGGCGCGACGAGCCGAGGGCAGGCGGUGCACGGAGGCCGCGAGAGCCGCACGAGCAGGAGCUGCAGAGGCGCCGGGAGCAGAAGCGGCGGCGGCACGACGCGCAGCAGCUGCAGGAGCUCAAGCACCUUGAGUCCUUUUAUGAAAAACCUCCUCCUGGGCUCAUCAAGGAAGAUGAGACAAAGCCCGAAGACUGUAUUCCAGAUAUGCCGGGCAAUGAACAUGCCCGGGAAUUUCUGGCUCAUGCGCCAACUAAAGGACUUUGGAUGCCCCUGGGGAAAGAAGUCAAAGUCAUGCAGUGUUGGCGUUGCAAACGGUAUGGUCACCGAACAGGCGACAAAGAAUGUCCUUUCUUUAUCAAAGGCAACCAAAAGUUAGAACAGUUCAGAGUAGCACAUGAAGAUCCCAUGUAUGACAUCAUACGGGAAAAUAAAAGACAUGAAAAGGAUGUAAGGAUACAGCAGCUAAAACAGUUGCUGGAGGAUUCGACCUCAGAUGAAGAAGGGAGCAGCUCCAGUUCCUCAGACUGUCAGGAGAAACACAGGAAAAAGAAGAAGAAAGAAAAACAUAAGAAAAGGAAGAAGGAAAAGAAAAAGAAGAAGAAACGGAAGCACAAGUCUCCCAAGUCCAAUGAGAGUUCAGACUCUGAGUGACGAGACCUUGACGCGUCCCACCUUCUCUUGGCAAAAGCCAAAGAACAGUGGGAGCCACUGCCCAAGGCGACAGGACACAGAGAGAGGAGGGUCUCGGUGUCACAGCUGCCUCGAUGCAUGCAGGAUAGCCUGUUCGGUGUCCUUCCCCCUGUUGGUCAUCCGAGUGUGCCAUUCCUGUAGCACAGCCUGCAAGGUGCAGGACUAAAGCAUUAAACGAAGCUCUUCUGAGCUCUGGGACAACUUUUGCCCUCCAUAGUGGGGUGACGUGAGUCCCAUGGACUUCAUCAUUGACCCUUCUCCGUUGAGGAUAAUUAAAGUUCAUGACAUAUUUUUUAAA